UUUUUGUUUUCAAAAAAAGUUUUUUCCUCAUUUUUUCUUGAUUGGUUUAGGCCAAUCGCUUGGCUAUGCUUUUGUAAAUUAUGAAAGGCCUGAAGAUGCUCGCAAGGCCCUUAUUUCGAUGAAUGGGCUACGUAUCCAGAAUAAAACGUUAAAGGUUUCAUUAGCCCGCCCUUCAAAAGAUGACAUUAAAGGUGCUAAUGUUUAUGUUAGUGGACUUCCAAAGUCUUUGACUCAGCCAGAGCUUGAGGCUGUAUUUAGACCCUUCGGGGCUAUCAUUACUUCAAGAAUUCUUUAUGAUAAUGUUACUGGCCUCUCCAAAGGUGUUGGAUUUGUCCGUUUUGACCGAAAAUCUGAAGCUGAGGAUGCCAUUGAAAAAAUGACUGGUACAUCUCCUUGGGGUGGAGACGAGACAAUUUCUGUUAAAUUUGCAAACAGCCCUACUUCUAAUAAUGCUAAAACUUCACCUAAUGCUUCUGUUCAAUCUCUUCUUCCUCUUCUCCAACAAAAUACUCUUCCUUCCAUUCCCCUAACUGGAAUUCAAGCAGCUCAGUUAAACCUAACACCUUCAUUGUUCUCAAACGCAACGGCUGCAACUUCUUCAGCUGGAGGAGGUCCAAUUCCUGGGCAUGUUCCUCAACAUCGCUUUCGAUUCUCUCCUUUAGCUGGUGCUCCUUUGAUUAGUGCUUCUGCCCCCGCGAUUCCUCCAGGCAACACUUCUGCAAACAUUUCCGCUCCUCUCUCAUCUCUCCCUUUAUUAUCCAAUCCAGCAGCUGCACUAUUACAAGGUGCUAAUACUCAAGAUUAUUUAAAUAUUUUACAACAACAAUUGCUUCAACAACAAUUGGCAGCUUAUGCUGCAAACAUUGCAGCUGCUACAGGACAACAACAUCCUCUAGCAGCUCAAAAUUUUAAUGCUGCGUCACUUGCUGCUGCGGCACAGCAGCAGUACAACAUGUAUGCCGCCCUAGGCGCCCUUCCAACAUCAAACGGAAUAAAUAUCAACACCUCCACAGGAACUUCAACAUCUCUAUCUUCAAAUUUAUCAAAAAAUCCUUCCCUUCCAGAAAAUACCAACCCUACUUCAUGGACUAUAAACAUUAGCAAUUUAUCCCCCGAAGCAGAAGAAUCGGUCUUAUGGAAAUUAUUAGGCCCUUUUGGAGCUGUACUUUCUGCUCAAAUGAAAGGAAAGGGUGUUGGUAGUGUUUUGAUGGCAAAUUAUGAAGAGGCUAUGGCCGCUAUUAAUAGUUUAAAUGGGCUUAUGUUGAAUGGGAGACAAUUGAAGGUACUUUAGUUUCCCUAUUAUAAGUCAAUGAAGUGCGGCAAUAAUGAGCUAUAACCCCUCUAUUUGGUAGACACUCAUUAUAAUGCUUAAUGAAGUAUCGGCUAUAAUGAGCUAUAACCCCUCUAUUUAGUAGACACCUAUUAUAAGGCUUGAGUAGGUGUCGACAGUUGUGUGUCACAGUGCCGAGAUUCAUUGUCUUAAGACUUUUCUUGGGUUUUUUCGGUCUUGUUUGGUGUAGAAUCUUUGCCGUGAGUCUUGGAAAAUUUUCGCUCUCAUACAGCUCUAAGAUAUA